AUGGCAUCGCAACAGGCAUCCACAUCCAGCACGAAGGUGUCUUCCGAGGAUAUUAUCUCGCAAAAGACUGAUCUUUGCAUCAGCAAUGCAGUAGUCAAGACAGGUAUCGGAUUUUCUGCUGGUGUCGUUCUAUCUGUUCUCCUCUUCCGACGACGAGCCUUCCCCGUAUGGCUUGGAACUGGAUUCGGUCUCGGAUCUGCAUACACUGAUUGCGAGCGCUCGCUCAACCCUGUGGCUGUGCCCGGUGUUCGUGUUAUCCCCUCCUCCUCCACCACAUCGAUUUCAGCAACCAGCUCGGCACCGCAGACUACAUUCGAGAAGCUGCAACAAAAGGCGGGUGAAGCCUUCUCUGCUGCCAAGGCACAGGCGGCUGACGGUCUCGAAAAGGCGCAGGACAAGGGCGCCAGCGUUGUCGAAAAGGCGGAGCAGAAGGGCCAGCAGGCUCUCGAUGCAGCCAGGGCCGAGGCGAAGAAGGUCGAGGACAAGGUGCGCAGAGUUUAG